AUGGGAAGAGCACCGUGCUGCGACAAGGCCAACGUGAAGAAAGGCCCAUGGUCUUCAGAAGAGGAUGCCAAGCUCAAGACCUACAUCGAGCAGCAUGGCACCGGAGGCAACUGGAUCACUCUACCGCAGAAGAUCGGUACCUCUUCUCUCCUCCUGUGUAAAUAUGCAUCUCAAUUUGUAUCCCUUAACCGUUAUGUCAUCUAAAACAACGAAUCUUAAUUAAUCCAUGUUUUGCACUAAUAAGGCCUCAAGAGAUGUGGGAAGAGCUGUCGCCUCCGAUGGCUCAACUAUCUCCGUCCAAACAUCAAGCAUGGCGGGUUCUCCGAAGAAGAGGAUAACAUCAUAUGUAGCCUAUACAUGAGCAUUGGGAGCAGGUAAUUAAGCGAAAAUCAACGGUAUUCGAAUGAUGUCGUCCUGCUGUCCCAAUUUUAUAUUUUUAGACAUUAAGGGGAAUAAUCUACUCCUUCCGAACUCCGAUCAUGGUUUCACGAGCAGGUGGUCUAUUAUAGCUGCACAGCUGCCCGGAAGGACUGAUAAUGAUAUCAAGAAUUACUGGAACACAAGGCUGAAGAAGAAGCUCCUGGGAAAGCCGCGUAAGGAUCAUCAAAACGGUCACAGAGCUCCCGGAGGUUUGAAGCAAGAAGCCAGAAUAAUCCAGAACGAAAACUUCACCGGCCCCACCAACAACGGCACCUGUCAGGCACCCUAUUGGCCUGAGCUGCCGGCGCACUUCUACUCUAACCACGAUCAUCGAGUGCCCGACGAUCGUUCUUCUGUGAGGAAGUUCGUCAUCAAACUCAGUGGCAGGUUCGCCAACGAAGACGCCGUGACCAUUCAGAACCCAUUCGGCGUUCCUUAUUCUACACCGCACGUCUACGACAAUCUACAGGAUCUGAUAGACCCUUCAGCCUUGGCUUAUUCGUUCACCGAUAACUCUUCUUCAUUGGAAAGAAUGGUCUUGCAAGGUACCAGUGAUUGUUGCUUUAACCCUGAGCUCGACGAGAUGCUCUGCUCCAGUCUGAUGAAAAUAGAAGGGAUGGAUAGUCUUUGCGGAGUGGGCUGUGUGUCCAGUGAGGGCAGCGGGAUCAGCUCGUCCGAGAGCUCAAGUUGGGACCAGAUGGACCCUCUGGUAUACACAGCUCUCGUCUCAAAUUGUCAAAAGAUUCACCCAACACAGCAAUGCUUUACUGAUGAGCAGGUGCAAUUUGGGACUUAUUGA